AUGACCAAGGACAAUUAUUCCUUGACAACUGAGUUUAUCCUCACAGGAUUUGCUUAUCACUCAGAUCUGAAGACCGUUCUGUUUGUGGUGUUCUUUACUAUCUAUCUGAUCACAAUGGUGGGGAAUCUCGGUUUGGUGAUGCUGAUUUUCAUGGAACGCCGUCUUCACACACCCAUGUACAUCUUUCUGGGAAACCUGGCUCUGAUGGAUUCCUGCUGUGCCUGUGCCAUUACCCCCAAGAUGUUAGAUAACUUGUUUUCUGAGGACAGAAUGAUUUCCCUCUAUGAAUGCAUGGCACAAUUUUAUUUUCUCUGCCUUGCUGAAGGUGUGGACUGCUUUCUCCUGGCAGUAAUGGCCUAUGAUCGUUAUGUGGCAAUAUGCAGUCCUCUGCAGUACCACACCAUGAUGUCGAAGCAACUCUGCAUUCAGAUGACCAUAGGGGCCUACAUGGCUGGGAACUUGCAAUCCAUUAUUCAUGUGGUACUUCUAUUAAGGUUAACCUUCUGUGGAUCUCAUCAAAUCAAUCACUUUUUUUGUGAUAUUCUUCCAUUAUAUAGACUCUCCUGUGUUGACCCUUAUAUCAAUGAACUGAUGGUACUUAUCCUUGCAGGGUCAAUUCAAGUCUCCACUGUUAUCAUAGUCUUAAUCUCUUAUCUUUUCAUCCUCUUCACUAUUUUCCACAUGAAAUCUAAAGAAGGAAGAGGCAAAGCCUUAUCUACUUGUGCAUCUCACUUUCUUUCUAUCUCAGUAUUCUAUGGUUCUCUUCUCAUCAUGUACAUUCGGCCACAUUCACUUAAGGAAGAUGAGAAAGAUAUACCAGUUGCUAUUUUUUAUACUAUAGUAAUUCCUUUCUUAAACCCUUUUAUCUAUAGUCUAAGAAAUAAGGAAAUAAUAAAUAUUAUGAAAAAAAUUAUGAAGAAGAGAAAAUUUCAUAAUGUUAUCAAACAAAUAUCAUUCUCUGUAACAAAUUGA